GGUACGAUGCUUCAGUCUGAAUCUGGGCUGUUUCACCUUUAAACAUAUUUAAUCACGGGUUUAAAGGAUUUAUAUUUUACUAAAACCCAAUAGAACACGAUCAGAACUCCGUCAGAACCCGUGUUUCAGCGAAAAAGCUGUGUGUGACUGAGCGCUGACUGUAUCCAGACAAUGUCCACCAUGGUAUAUCCACGGGAGGAGGCUCUGGAGAGGCUCACUCAGGAUGAGAUUGUGCUCAACACAAAGGCAGUGAUGCAGGGUCUGGAGACGCUUCGAGGAGAACAUGCACAACUACUCAACUCCCUGCUGGACUGUGCCCAGCCCCCUGCCGCCCAGGAGAAAUCAGGCGUGCUCCGCAAGAGCCUGGAGGCCAUCGAGCUGGGCCUUGGUGAGGCACAGGUGAUCAUUGCCCUGUCUGGGCACCUGAGUGCUGUGGAGUCGGAGAAGCAGAAGCUGCGGGCGCAGGUGAGGAGGCUGUGCCAGGAGAACCAGUGGCUGCGGGACGAGCUGGCCAACACUCAACACAAGCUGCAGAAGAGCGAGCAGAACGUGGCUCAGCUGGAGGAGGAGAAGAAGCACCUGGAGUUCAUGAACCAGAUCCGUAAGUUUGAUGACGACGCCUCACCCUCUGAGGAGAAGCCUGGAGAGAAGGAGAAGGACAACCUGGACGACCUGUUCCCCAACGACGAUGACCAGGGACCAGCCCAGCCUAGUGGUGAAGUGGCAGCGCAGCAGGGAGGUUAUGAGAUCCCAGCCCGGCUCAGAACUCUACACAACCUGGUUAUUCAGUAUGCCUCUCAAGGCCGGUAUGAGGUAGCUGUGCCGCUUUGUAAGCAGGCUCUGGAAGACCUGGAGAAAACCUCCGGCCAUGACCACCCAGAUGUUGCUACAAUGCUCAACAUUCUUGCCCUCGUCUACAGGGAUCAGAAUAAGUACAAAGAGGCAGCUCACCUGCUGAAUGAUGCCUUGGCUAUCCGGGAGAAGACACUUGGUAAGGACCACCCUGCUGUGGCUGCAACCCUCAACAACCUGGCUGUGCUUUAUGGCAAACGUGGUAAAUACAAGGAGGCUGAACCUCUUUGCAAGAGAGCACUGGAGAUCAGAGAGAAGGUUCUGGGGAAGUACCAUCCAGAUGUGGCUAAGCAGCUGAAUAACCUGGCCCUGCUGUGUCAGAACCAGGGCAAAUACGAGGAAGUGGAGUACUACUACCGCCGAGCCCUGGAGAUCUACGAGAGCAAGCUGGGGGCUGAUGAUCCUAAUGUGGCCAAGACCAAGAACAAUCUGGCGACAUGCUACCUGAAACAGGGGAAGUUUAAGGACGCAGAGGCUCUGUACAAGGAGAUCCUGACCCGUGCACAUGAGAAACAGUUUGGAUCCGUUAAUAAUGACAACAAGCCCAUCUGGAUGCAUGCUGAGGAGCGGGAAGAGAGCAAGGGUAAGACGAAAGACUCUGGUUUCUAUGGCGAGUACGGCAGCUGGUACAAAGCCUGCAAAGUGGACAGGGCAUUGAUGCAAUUAACCAGAGUAAAGUAGUUGAGCUGCUCAAAGAUGGUGUCUCUGGUGGAGACAGACGACAGAAUCGAGACGGUCUGAAUGGUCCUGGGGGGAUAAUGAGGGAGACGAGGCUGAAUGGAAUGGGGAUGGGAAUGGUUCUCUGCGUCGGAGUGGCUCCGAGAUCCGGGAUGCUUUGAGGCGUAGCAGUGAGAUGCUGGUGAAGAAGCUGCAGGGCAGUGGCCCACAGGAGCCACGCAACCCAGGGAAGCAAACAGUGGCCUAUCAGAAUGUAGAGGACUCAGCGCCAGUAACGUGGACCUGUCGAGGCGCAGCUCCCUGAUUGGCUAGA